AUGGGUGCCUCAAGCAGCACCGGCACUACGGAUGAGGAUUUGCGUCUGCUCAAGACGAAGCCAGCGCAUGCAAGGGAGCGACAGCAGGCUUUUGAGCGGCUGCGCCAAAAGUUUCUGACGCCGAUUGGGAAAGCUGAGCUGCUGAAAGCGACGGCGCAGGUGGAGGCCCUACGUUUCCCACUGUGGCAGGAGCCGCCACCAGACGCUACACACCUAGAUGCAGAGGUACUUGCAGAUCGUGUUCGCGGCGCCCUUUUCGGUGCAGCGUUAGGAGAUGCAGCCGGGCUCGCGACUGAGUUCCUGUCUGCUGCGCAGGCGAAGGAGUUUUAUGGAUCGGAGGCAGAUUUUCGGCCGGGACGUGCCGUUUUUCCGGAUGAGCACCGAAUGAUGUGGUGUCCUGGAGACUGGACAGACGACACUGACCAGCAGGUGCUGAUGAUGAGGUCUCUUCUGCAGUCUGCGGGUCGGGCGGAUGCAUGUGACUUUGGCUCUCGCCUAUUAUCCUGGCGGACAUCAGGGUUCCCGGAGCUUGGAGAUCAGUCCGCAGCAGGUUUGGGACAAACCACAAAGGCUGUUCUCAACGAUCCGAACUUUGCCACCUCUCCGCAUACAGCUGCUGCUGCCCACUCUGCAAGCAUUCCUUCCAACGGUGGUGUUAUGAGGACUGCGGUUGCAGGGGUGCCACACUUCUGGUGCGAGGAGACAGUGGCAGCAAAUGCCAGGGAGCUUUGCCUGGUGACCCAUGCUGAGCCGCGGUGCGUGGCUAGCUGUGUGGUCGUGGCUAUCUGCAUAAGUCGACUGCUACGGGGAGAGGACACGGAAGACCUGAUGCAGUCCGCGGUGCAGCCAGCACUCGUCAGGGCACAGGAAUUCCUUGGCGAUGCUGGAAGGCAGGAAAUGUAUCGCCAUGCUGAGGCGAGCAGACUACAGGACUUGGCGCUGGAUGACCAGAAGACCAUUGGGUUCACAUUCAAGUGCCUCGGUGCUGGUAUUUGGGCACUGAAGCAAGAUGGAUCCCGCCCUCGUGGGCCAGGUGGCCUCCUCUUCCGCAAUGUGCUGAACGAGCUGAUCUUGGCGGGUGGGGAUGCGGAUACAAAUGGCGCCGUGGCGGGCGCAUUGCUGGGCUGCCGCCUGGGCUUCAGCCAGCUGCCUUCGGAGUGGAUUGCGGGCAUGCCGUACAGUUCAUGGCUCGAGGCGUAUGUGCAGAAGGUCUUGUUCAUGAUACGACAGAGACCCUCGGUACAGUCUUAA